AGAGAGAGAGAGAGAGAGAGGGAAGACUAUAUAAGUGGGUAGACCUAGUUCUUUCUAUCAUCAUCUACUUGUGAGAGGUCUUAUGCUAUACUGAGGAUACAGACAUAACCCUCCUUUUCUUUUUCUUGCUACUUUCAUAGAUGGAUAGAGAAAUGGAGAGAGAGAUUGAAAAGAAAGGGAGAGCAGAGUCCCAGGUUGAUAAGGAGAAAUGGGUGUGUGAUUCUUCUGUUGAUUAUAGAGGAAAACCUCCUCUUAGAGCUUCAACUGGUGUUUGGAAAGCAUCCCUCUUCAUUAUAGCAAUCGAGUUCAGUGAACGGCUGAGCUACUUCGGCAUAGCAACAAACCUAAUCAUAUACCUCACCAAAAUCCUUCAUCAAGAUCUCAAGACAGCAGCCAAAAAUGUGAAUUACUGGGCCGGAGUCACCACCAUGAUGCCGCUGAUCGGAGGGUUCCUAGCCGAUGCUUACUUGGGGCGAUUCUCAGCCGUUCUUAUCUCUUCCAUCAUCUAUCUUAUGGGCUUGGGUCUCUUAACAAUGUCACAGUUCAUCCCAGCCCUUAAACCCUGCACUGCGGACACAUGUCACAGAUCAACGAAGCUACACGAAGUAAUCUUUUUCAUGGCCAUGUACUUGAUCACUGUUGGCACUGGGGGCCACAAACCAUCACUAGAGAGCUUUGGAGCCGACCAAUUCGACGAUGAUCAUGAUGAAGAGAGGAGAAAGAAGAUGUCCUACUUCAAUUGGUGGAACUCAGCCCUCUGCGCUGGCCUGGUGCUCGGUGUCACCAUCAUUGUAUACGUGCAAGACAAUGUCAGCUGGGGUGUCGCUGAUUUAAUCCUGACCGUCAUCAUGGCCAUCACAAUCGUCAUCUUCCUUCUAGGCCGUCCAUUCUAUCGCUACCGGGCCCCGAAGGGAAGCCCAUUAACACCCAUGUUGCAGGUUUUGGUUGCUGCAGUGGCUAAGCGAAAUCUACCAUAUCCGUCCAGCCCCACUCAGUUGUAUGAAUUACCCAAAUCUAGAAAUGCCACUCACCGCUUCCUGAGCCAUACAAAUAAGCUAAGGUUUCUUGAUAAAGCGGCUGUGAUCGAAUCUGACGGUGUAGAUAUCGAGACCCAAUCAGGCUAUAAACAAAACCCAUGGCGAUUAGCGACUUUGACCAAUGUUGAGGAGACGAAGCUGGUAUUGAACAUGGUCCCGAUAUGGAUUACAUCUCUACCGUUCGGUAUAUGCAUCGCUCAAACAUCUACAUUUUUCAUCAAGCAAGGAAGCACGAUGGAAAGGAGGGUGGCCGGGAAUUUCGUGCUCCCUCCGGCGAGCAUUUACUGUUUUGCGGCCUUCGCGAUGAUCACGACCGUCUGCAUAUACGACAAAGUCCUCGUACCCAUCCUAAGGCGGGCCACAGGAAACGAGAGGGGGAUUAGCAUCCUCCAGCGGAUUGGGAUCGGCAUGACGAUUUGUACGGUUGGGAUGGUGGCAGCAGCGAUCGUGGAACACAAGCGGUUGGGUGUUGCCCAUAGGGAGGUAGGGCCCACUGGAACGGUGGCGAUGAGUGUUUUCUGGCUGGCCCCACAGUUCAUGAUACUAGGGAUAGGAGAUGGGUUUGCAUUGGUGGGCCUACAGGAGUAUUUCUAUGAUCAAGGGCCAGAUUCGAUGAGGAGUAUGGGCAUAGCUUUCUAUCUGAGUGUGAUCGGGGCCGCUAAUUUCCUGAGUAGUCUCUUGAUAACGAUUGCUGACCGUUUAACUGAGAAGAAUGGAAGCAGUGGGUGGUUUGCAAAGGGCUUGAAUAAGAGCCACUUGGACUAUUUUUAUUGGUUGCUAGCAGCCAUGGGUGGGGCCAACCUAUGUGUGUAUGCCUACUUUGCUAGUAGGUUUCCUUAUAAGAAUGUAGAGAAGAGGGUGGUCGAUGCUGAUGGGUAUCAACGGAAGGGUGUGGGGCCCACUUCUUGAGUGAUGGACGGUUGGGGGUGAAGGGCCCACCUUUGUGUUGGAGUAUAUAUAUAUAUAUAUAUAUAUAUAUAUAUAUAUGAAUAUAGUGUAAGGUUCAUGUAGGUGGGCAGAUUGUAAUGACAUUGGGUACUUGCACGUGCCGUAUUUUGUAUUAUUCAGCAACUAAGGAUAAGAAGUUUUCAUGACUCUCUCUCGCUCUCA